AUGCCGUACGCUAAGCGAGGCUCGCGGCUACGCAAGCGAGUUUGGCGAUGCAAAUUGACCGAUGGCAGUAAAUUCGAGGCUGCAUUUGCCGAUCGGUCACUUGACCCCCGCACACAAAGUCUCCGAAUACCCGGACAUUACCCCGCUCUGUCCAAACUCCGAGCCUGGCUGGAUACGCAUGAGCAGAAGAUCUGCUCUAUAGGAACACGAGGAGGAGAUGUGCCUGCUAGCCUGGGUGCCCAAAUUUCGUGGACUGAGAUCUGCCGUGCAAGAAAACCUUCUUCCAAAAUCGUGUCCGCCGUAGCGAGCUUCGAGUCAGUGCCCCUCAAUUGUCAUCUUGGAUACGCCUUGGAGGGUUUUCAGAAUCUAUAUAACGAGGAUGCCAUGAGAACCAGUUCACUGCUUCGAUAA